AUGUCUGGGAACGACGACUUUGCUUACGAUUAUGAUCAUUUAUAUAAGAUUGUAUUGAUUGGUGACUCAGGAGUUGGGAAAUCUAAUUUGUUAUCACGUUUCACAAGAGAUGAAUUUAAUUUGGAAUCAAGAUCAACCAUUGGAGUUGAAUUUGCUACAAGAACUUUAGAAGUUGAUGGGAAACGAGUCAAAGCUCAAAUUUGGGAUACUGCUGGUCAAGAAAGAUACAGAGCAAUCACUAGUGCUUAUUAUAGAGGAGCUGUUGGUGCUUUAGUGGUUUAUGAUAUUUCUAAAACUGAGUCAUAUGAAAGCGUAUCAAAAUGGUUAAAAGAAUUGAGAGAACACGCAGACGCUAAUAUUGUAAUUGAAUUGGUUGGUAAUAAACUGGAUUUAGAUCAUUUAAGAGCAGUUCCAACAGACGAAGCCAAAAAUUUCGCUAAUGAAAAUAAUCUAUUAUUCACUGAAGCGUCCGCUUUGUCUGCUGAUAAUGUUGAACUAUCAUUCCAUCAAUUAGUUAAAAACAUCUAUGAAAUGGUUAGUAAGCAUCAACUUGAUACAAAGGAAAAUGGGGGCUCAUCGUCAAAACCUUCUGGUCCUACAAUCUCUUUGACUCCGGCUCCGGAGCAAAGAAAGAAUUCUUCAAAUUCAAAUUGUUGUUAG